CACAACUCAGACACAACCGCAAAAAUGGCGAGCGUAUUGGCGAAUGUCAUCGGCAAGAGGAUUCUGCGAGAGAAUGUCAAGAAUAAAUUUGGCAAAGAGGAUCCAUACUUUGAGCAAGUCCCGGCAACUAGACUUGACGGGCGACCUACAGGCAAAUUCAAGAAGCGCAAGAAGGCCCUGCCACCAGGCAUCUCGGAGCACGAUGGCCAGGUCUUGACCAAGGUCAAGCGACGCGCAUAUCGUCUUGACAUGUCCCUUUUCAAUUUCAUGGGAAUCCGCUUUGGCUGGAGCAGCGUAAUCGGUCUUAUCCCUGCGGCCGGAGAUGCACUCGAUGCCUUCAUGGCACUCAUGGUGUACAGGACAUGCUGUCAGGUGGAAGGGGGCCUCCCGACCAGCGUCAGACUCCAGAUGCUGAUCAACAUUGUCCUCGAUUUCGCGGUUGGGCUGGUUCCAUUCCUCGGUGAUCUGGUCGACGCAGUAUUCCGUGCAAACACCCGCAAUGCAGCACUGCUCGAGGAGCAUCUGCGUCAAAAGGGCAAAACUGAAUUGCGAAAGAGCGGACUACCCGUCCCAGCCGUUGACCCCAGCAGCGCCCAAGAAUACGACAGGAUCCAGCGAGAGGAUCCCCCCGAGUAUCGAUCGAACCCCCCGUCCCGCCGAGAGUCUCCAGCGCGGUACGAUGACCGGCAUCACCACGAGCCGAGAGCUCCAGCCGCCGCGGCAGUUCGCGAUGGCCGCGGUUAUCUGGGCCGCAACACGGCUCCCCCUCACGAUGUUGAGAUGGGCGAAGUUGACUUGGGUCAACACCACCAGGGCUCUUCAAGUCACGGCGGCAAGAAGAAGAGCAAGUGGCACGGGCUGCUUUAGUAGAUUCGAGAGGUUUUUUUUUUUCUUUUCUUUUUAGUAGCGCAGGAUGCACAUAUCGCAGGAUCGUUGUCUGAGCGCCCGUUACGAAUUUCCUUUGUGUUGACACAUUUCCUUUGUUUCUGAGAACGGGAUAUCGCAUGUCUGGGACGUGUCUGGUUUUACGGUUACGACGCUUGGGGACUACAAGUUGGAACUCUUGCAUUUUGAAGAGUGUGAUUUAUGAAGGAGAGAGAGAAAAAAAGAAAGAAAGGAGGAUACAAAAGGUUUUCCGCGUGGAGGUAUUUCUUAAUGAUAAUUAUGCGAGAGCUUUGUACACGACGCAGCGCCUAACCUAGAAUAAACCGGUGUUUGCGAAUACACGACGAAGUCGUUAUAUGGUUAGCAAGUUCAUUAUUAAGUAGGUAGAUGCAUAUAGCAAAAAUACAUGUAUAACUCAAGUCUACAUGGCAACAUGUCAUUUCUUAGCAACCCGUUUUAAACGCGGUGAAGACAAAGCUCGUGAUCGGCGUCCGACAACACAUUGUCUUCCGUCUUAUGGCUUCAUGUGCCGCUGAUUAACGGCUUGAGCACGCAACUAAGACGAGCUGCCAGGGUCUAGUGCCUAAUAUGGACUCUCCGCUGCAUGCAAACCUCCUUGCAGCAGCAGCCCUAGCUGCAGAUUUCCACAUUCGUGCAGUCGGCUCCUCGGUAGUGGAAACAGCAGAGCGAGUUGACGAGUUGAGUCAGAAGUAACUCGUAGUUGGAGAUUGUACAACCAUUUUGUAAUUCUCAGUCAUCCCUCGUAGAGCUGUUACCAGCUACUCUCUACUAGCACCGACUAAGCAAGCUGGAGCGUCAAGCUCAGACUUUUCACGCGUUCCAGAGCUCAGACCUGCCGCCCCACGCAGCGAGGCGCCAGUCUCCAGGUUGUGGCCUCGGAGCUGCUCGCUCAAGUCGCAAUUCGCUCGGAGUUGUGGGAAAAGGGACAGGUCUGGCUAGGAAUGGAUCCUCGAAUACGGCGACUCAGGGCUGUUGUGCAAGCAUAGCCUGGUUACAAGUGCUCUGUCUUCCAGAGAGGUUGCGUCAAGUAUCUACAUCGGACAGGUACAAGAGGGUUUCACGACUGCAGCAUCUGGCUCAAACGCCGUGGCCCCACUGACACGAGAUCCAGGUGUUUGUUGUUGCUGAUUCAAGAUUGAUAAACAGGGAGCUGCGCAUCGUCAUUUGCCCAGCUAUCGC